AUGAUUUUUAGACUUACACCCUUGUUAAGGGGCCCAAUCUCAAAAUAUAAUCCUCAGAAGCGGCAUCUCUUCAAAAAAGUCAAGUCUGGAUUGACAUUUAAAACAGAAAAAGAUGCAAGCUUUCAUCAUGAAUACUCAAUCAAGCCGGACACAUUUGCUUUUAAAGUUUCGUCCCAAGACUCCGUUUCAUCCCUAAAUAAAGUGAAACAAGUGCCCAAAAAAGUGACGACACACCCCUUGCAACGACUAGCAGACUCCAAAGGGUUCAGUCCCUUAGAUUUUAUAUAUAGAAACUCCACCAAUUAUCCUUUUGACAAGAAAUCGCCCCAGGAUGUUUAUAAUGAAUAUCCGCUCACAACUGCCCCCAAAUUAGCAAGACAAAAGGAUAAACCAAAGAAAACAAAGAUGUCAGUAUCUGACUUCAUAGAAGAUUCAUUAUAUAAUCCCAAUUAUGGCUACUUUUCAAAGGAAGUUGAAAUUUUUCAUCCUGAUGAGCCUUUCAAGUACAAUCAAAUUGAGGAUGUCGACGAAUUUUUGGAUGCCUGGCAAAAAUCUUACAAAAAGUAUGAAGAACCGUUAGAAUUGCAGCUCAAUGAUACUAAAGAUAUGGUCAAGGUGCUUGCUCCGAAAAAUUCAGAUGCUAAAUAUGCUAGACGAGCGAAAAGUCUUCAAAGAGAAGAGCUUAUGCUGACAGGAAGUACCUCGUCGAAAUCAAUGAGACCGCAAUUAUGGCACACUCCUACUGAGCUCUUCCAACCAUACUAUGGUGAAGCUUUGGCGAGGUAUAUCCUAGUAAACUAUAAAUUGAAUGGCAACUUCCCAUAUCACGAUUUGGUAAUCUACGAGAUGGGUGGUGGAAAUGGAACCUUAAUGUGUAAUAUACUAAACUAUAUUAAGGAAAACGCACCAGAUAUCUAUUUGAGAACUCACUACAAUAUUAUAGAAAUUUCGGAUCAAUUGGCAGCAAAACAGACGCAAAGUUUAUAUAAAUCAAAACUUUUUGAAAGCGGUAUAGAUCCUGAAAAGGUGACAAUAAUCAAUAAAUCUAUUUUCAAGUGGAAUACCGUUGUCGAAGAUCCCUGUGUUUUCAUAGCACUUGAGGUGUUUGAUAAUUUUCCUCAUCACUUAAUUAGAUAUGAUAACAUAACUGGCCAGCCUUAUGAAGGAAAAGUCUUGAUUAAUGAUAAUGGGGACCUUUUUGAAUUUUUCACACCUGAGUUGAGCUAUUAUUCUAAUGCUUAUUUGCAGUUGCGAGAAAACAGCAAGCAUUCUGUUUUAAAUCAGUCCAGUACAUUGCAAGGAAAGUAUGAAACUUUGAAGAGUGUUAUUCCACUAUUAAACAAGGACAACAUUCACCCAUUAUUACAUUCAUCCUCAUUUCUAAGCGUAAAAAAUAGUAUUCUCCCAUUCAAAGAUGGUCUAACACCUGGAGAGUUUAUACCAACAAGCUUGUUACAUUUUUUUCAAGUGUUGGCUUACAGGUUUCCAAACCAUUCAUUAAUAUGCUCAGACUUUAAUUACCUUCCAAAUAGUAUUAAAGGCUAUUUUAAUGGUCCAGUUGUGCAGACCAUGCUCCAGAACAGAAUGAUUGAUGUCAGCACAUACAUGUGCUACCAAGGCCACUUUGACAUAAUGUUUCCUACAGAUUUUGACAUUGCUAGCGAAUUAUACGCGAAAGUCACAAAAAAACUAGCUAGAGUCGAAUCUCAUAAAGAGUUCUUGACCCAGUGGGCGGAUUUGGACAUAACAACUACCAAAAAAGGGGAAAAUCCUAUGUUGAAUUUCUACAAGAACGUAAGUUUCAUGGUCAGUUAA